CCCUCCUAAUUCCUAAUUCCUAAUUCCUAAUUCCUAAAUCCCGCCAUAUCUAAACCCUCAAAAAAUCCCCAAUUCUCCCAUUUCAGUCCUCUCUAAAAAUUCUCAAACUCGAUUGUAUUACCACACAUUGAAAUGAAAGUGAUGAUGGAGAAAAAAUUCACUCUUUUCCACACAGUUGCAACCGCCGGUAUCUUUUCCGCUGUAUCCUGCUGGUAUGGAUUCAUGUUUGGAAGAGAAUCAGCUCGCAAGGAGCUUGGUGAAAUUAUCGACGAUCUUCGCCGAUCGAAUCCCAAUUCUGAUCCUCCUCCUCACUCUUGAUUAUAUGUUUUUGGUUGGGAUUAAAUUGCUUAGGCCAGAUUCAGAGGAGAAGUGGAUCUAUGGAAAGUUUAUUAUCAUGGCAGAAUCUAGUAAAGUUCUGGAAUCUAUGCGAUAUAGCUAGAUUUGCAAAAUUAAGUGACAGGGAGGCUCGAAGAACCCAAUUCAACCAGAGUAGAAAGGCAGGUGUUCUAUUAUCAUAAUAUUCUAUAUUAAGAGAUGCUUUUGGAGCUACUCCUGAUUGUGAGCAUUGAGCAGUUCAUUAUUGAAGUCAUUCUUUCCGAAUUAUAUUGCCUUGCAGUUUUCCUUUUUAUUUUUUCUGAGAGCUCAUUAUGCUCAGCUUGUAGGCAGUGUUUGUGAUGCUAUGAUUUUCACGAUGGGAUUUGUUGCUCCUAUUUAUGUUUUUGAAGCCAGCUGUUCUUGAUCAAAACAUCGUUUUACUAUGUUGUCUAAACAAUUUUUUAUGAAUAAGGAAAGUGGACCCUAGUGAUAUUGAGGUAUCCCAAUCGUUGAAAAUGACUAUAAGCCUGAACUAAGGUUAUUAUCUGUUAAUUUUAUUGUAAUUUACCGGCUUCACAUUCCUUCAUUUGAUUGCUUAA